GGUCUAGCAGACAACUGAGAUGACACGUUAUCUUCACACCGAAUCGUGGCAUAAAUAUUGAAUCAGGACCAUUGGAACACGGUUUAGGGCACGGUAAUAGUAAUUAAUGAUCCGGUGGGGGUAACAGGCAGCAAAAAAACACUCGUUAAGCAUGCAAGAAAAAGCAUCCCCAUCCACCGGAGCUGGUGGAACGCCAGCGAAGGUAAAAACCGACAGCUGGAUGGAAGACUCGUCGAUUGGUCGAUCAUUGUCAUCGUUAACGACGGGCGCCUCGGGACAUGGAAAGAACGGUCGGAAAUUUUCGAAUAUUUUAGAGAUGGAGCGGUUCAGCAGCAAUAAUAUCAUCUCGAUGGACGACAGCAGCAGCACGGCGAUCGAUUACAACCCGAUCGAUGAUAUUCCCGUGCUGCCUGAUGCGGAUGAAAUACACGAAAGCCUUCUGUACAACGAAAGCCCGAACCUUCCCUCUGCUACAACUUACAAAAACCUAAGCUCGGACAUCUUUACCAACGGGAAAGCCUCAGCGCUGGGAAAUUUAGAUGAAAUUGACAUUUCCAUUUUAACGGAAUGCCUGGAAAGCGAGCAAGAUAUUGAAGAACCGGACGAAGUGUGGACUUGGGAUCAGCUGUUUACGCAGCUAUCGGUUAAAAUCAACACGGAGACGAAAACGCCCGUCGCGGAGUACAGCAAUUGACUGCAACGUGUUAGUUUUAGUGGAUGGUGAGCUGGUACACUUUUAUUCAAUUAUUAACAUUAUUGGUACUGUCCAUCACAAGAAGCGUUUCUUCUUCGAGCU